CAUAGGGACAUCAUGUGGGACAAUGCACUCAUCAAUCUUACAGGCCUUGAAGGCCACUGUAUGCCUGUUGAUCUCAACAUUGAGCACCACAUCAAGUUUUUAAAGGCACAACUUGACUAUAUUAUAAGAAUAUACUCUAAGUGGAAUUGUCUUGGCGACAUUUCUGCAACUAUUGCACUGCUGCAAAACAUCAAAGAGCAGGUUGGACAUGCCCUUGGCAUCACAUAUCAUGGCCUUAAUCACGCAACUCCCGACACAUCAUCUUCAGUCUGGAAAGUUGCGAACAAGCUCAAUGAACUCGAGCUUCAUGUAUUCAGUCCAGAUCGCAAAGAGAAUGAUUCCAUCAAGCCUAUCAUGGAUGUGCUUACAGAGGGUGAGCAGAAGCUGAAAUCUUCAACAUUGGUAACAUUCAACAGGAAGGUGCAAGAGAUGCUGGCAGGGAAUGGGUAUGAGCAGGAGGAAGAUGAGCUACCAAGAGCCUCAUUUGAUUUGACUUCUUCAGAGAAUGCUAGCUACUAA